CAUAGGGAUGUUUCCAUCAUGGCGGCAUCUAUUUCAGGUUACACUUUUAGCUCUGUGUGUUAUCACAGCGCCAACAGCAACUCAGAUCAUGAGGGCUUCCUAUUAGGAGAUGUAAGGCAAGAAGAGACUGUCAGCAUCAGUGACACACAGAUCAGCACUGCAGAACUGCUGCAGGUAGUAGAAAUCCAUAACCAUGAUCCUUGUGCACAGUUGUUUAGCUUUUAUGACUACGCAGGGCAAGUCAAUGAAGAAAAUCUCAACAGCAUUCUUAAAGAUAGGCGGAAAAAUGUCAUUGGUUGGUACCGGUUCAGAAGGAACACGCAGCAGCAGAUGUCGUUCAGGGAACAGAUCAUCCACAAACAGCUGACUCAGCUGCUCGGUGUACCCGACCUUGUCUUCCUUCUUUUCAGCUUCAUCUCCACAGCCAACAGCUCCACACAUGCACUGGAGUAUGUGCUCUUCAGACCGAACCGCAGUAGGUACAACCAGAGAAUCACCCUCACAAUCCCAAACCUUGGCAACACAAGCCAGCAGGAAUACAAAGUCUCCUCAGUGCCCAACACCUCACUCAACUAUGCCAAGGUCAUCAAAGAGCACGGGGCUGAAUUCUUUGACAAAGAUGGUGUCAUGAAGGAUAUCCGAACAAUAUUUCAAGUCUACAGCGCGCUACAAGAUAAAGUGCAGGCUGUUUGUGGGGAGGUACAACAAAGUGAACGUGUGAAGGAGAAAAUUCAGGAGGAUGUGAACAAACUCAAACAACAAAUUGCUCUCAGGAAAAGCAAGACAGCAGAAGAGGAGAGAAGGCUCCGUCCAGCCCAGAAUCUAGACUCUCACUCCACUCCAGAGGAGAACACAGAGCCUUCUGAGACCUCCCUUCUGUCCAGGAUAGUUUUCCACACACCCUCUGCACCAGAGCGACCCAGUACCUCACCUAACCCACCUCCUUAUGCUGACCUCUUGUCCCUGGAUGACUCUCUGCUCUCCUCCUCCUCGCCCCCUACCAGUGCUGCUCUACUGCCCCGGCCCCAAGCUGUGGGCUCACCAGGACACCCCACCCCUGGCCCGCUGGGGAUGGGCCUGGGCCUCGGGCUGGGCCUGGUCCCCGGUGCCAGCUCGAAACCAGUUCCCACUCCCAGCACCCCAUACCUUGGCAACGGUGAUGGAUCAAGUUCUGACUCAUUAGACAGACAAGCCGCAGGGCAGGAAGACGAUGAAGAAGAUGAGGAUGAUGAUGAAGAUGAGGACAGUAGCGAAUAUGAGAACUUAGUGAGUGAAGCCCCUCAUCUACCGAUGGUCUCUGGCAGUGUUUUAGCUCAAGGCCGGCCGGCUGCUCUCAGUCCUGAUGGGGACGCUCGUGGCUCGCAGACCACAUAGAAACAUGCCACAGGGUGUGUAUGGAACACGUAUAAGUGACGCACCUUGAGAUUUGGGCAUCUUAAGCAAUCAAAGAUAGACAAAUAUAGACUAAAGAAGUGCCAGUCCUGAAAGUGAAAGGCAUGCGCAGGUGGUGUCCCGCUGUGUGUAUUUCUUCUCGUCUUAGUCUGAUCUCCAUUUUGAGGGGAAACCUUGUCGG